UUAAAACUGAUUUUAAUAUUGAAAAAAUAUAUAUAAUUUUCAAGGAAGGACAUAUGUAACAUUUCUGCUAAAUUUGGUUUACUCUACGAGUACAAGCCACAUGAUGUUGAUGCAGUCAGUGUUGUAACCAGACAGAAUAAACACAUAUGUGUUACCGCAGUCGCCAUCUCGCCAUAAUUAUGGUGAGUGCCACAAACCGCCACACAACAAUCCUACACAGAGCGCGUGCCGGGGCAACAUCGUUAAGUGCUUACCAUAGAAGCUCUUUUUGACGUCAGUCGAGUUCGCCAUAUAAGACGGGGAGGUAUUCAAAGGCUACUUAGGGAGAAACCACUAUCUUAUCGGUUUUUAUUUGUUAUUUUAAGUGGUUGACCCAUAUAAUAAGAAUUAUGACACAACCCUGGCCGACAGACCCAUCCAAAAAAGCACAACUAAUACGUCAAUUAAAAAAUAAAUAUCAGCAAUUAUUAGGAACCAAACAUUUAGAAACUGACAUGAAAAUACUAGAUCCACCCCUCAAACCCAGUUCCAAGGAAGAUCUCAAUUAGUGGUCCCUAUUACACGUGUAUUUGAUUACACGUGAAAUACGUGUAAUUAACAUACACGUGUAUAUGCACGUGUAAUUAUAAAUACACGAGUAUUUAGUUAAAAAUACGUAUUUAAACACGUGUUUAAAAAAAAUAUAACUUAUGUCUGAGGUCAUGUCAGUUUUGGACUGAGUACUCACGGACGAAGAGCAGGCGUAUUAAUUGUCGCCAUGUAAAAUCCUCUCCUAAGAGAUUUGUGAUUUGUGUAAUAGUAUCGACGAUCGGACAAUUACUGUCGCACUAUCAGUAGUUGUAGCGUGUGCCCAGAAUAGAAUAAUUUCAUACUUUGACCCAUAUACACCAUAUGCAUCCUUCCUUGAUCCUAGGUACAAAGAUUUGGAGCAUGAGGCGUUAUCCACGCGUGAGGAAAUUCGAUCGAGAGUAAAAGAAAUUUUAAGUAUGAGCGACACGAUAAAUUUGAAUGAUAAGACAUUGAAUAAUUUAGGAGACCAGCAAAAAUGCCAUAGUAAUGCUUUAGAAUAUAUUUAUGGGACUGAAUUUAAUGAUGAUGAUGAUUUGACGAAACAGUUUGAAAAUUAUAUAGCAGAACCACAAUUAAGAUUCACAUUGGACCCCAAAGAAUGGUGGAAAACUAGAUUUUCUAAAUAUCCUGUAAUUGGCGACCUUGCAAAAAAAUAUUUAACAAUUCCUGCAACAUCGGUAAGUUCAGAAAGAUGUUUUUCAACGGCCGGUAACAUCGUUACUCGUAAAAGAGCAUCUUUAUCACCUGAAAACGUAAAUAUGCUUGUUUUUUUACACCAGAAUAAAUAUUUAUUGAAUAAAACAUUAUAUGUAUAUAUUUUUAUUAUAAAAACCGUGCAUUCUAUAAUUCAUAUUUCCAAACUAUAUUAAUAUUUAUAAAUAUUUUGUUAGUAGUAAUUUUGCAGUAGCAGAUGCUUGCAUUUCUUGGUAUGUUAGCAACUAAUUUUAUAUGGCUUCUUCGAGUAACCGACAGAGUUAUUGUUAUAGAAGGGUCGAAAAUAAAACCACUAUUUUUGGUGACCACACACGUAGUUAGCAUUAGUAACACAACAACUAUUUUUUUCUAAAGAAAAUGUUGAUCAAAAUAAUUGU